ACACACACACACACACACACAAACACAUAUACAAACACACACUACGAAGAGCGCUGGCCGACAUAAACACUUUUUAAAUGAUAUUUAGAAGUGUCAUUGGCUGCUUUUUCGACACCUGGCUUUUGUUCGUUUUCGUCUUUUCUUUCGUUCAAAUUAACGAUGGCAGUUUGUUAGAAGCUGCGGUUGAAGAGCAAGUCUGUCAUUUUCUCGGCGGGUCGGAGGAUCUGCGAUGCCCUCUGAUUUCACAACGCUCUUCAGCGCGGAUAUCGACCUCGAUUCGCCAAAGUCCCUCUACUCCAAAGAAUCAGUAUAUGAUCUUCUCCCGAAAGAGCUGCAGCUGCCAUCUUCUAGAGAGCAGAACGCAGCCGCUAUGAGUCAAAAAAGUGGUGGAGAGGCAGGACCUCCUCCGUCAACAGCUCUCGCCGCAGAUGUGUCGUCCGCCUCUUCUGCUAUGAGCACGGGGAGUCCUCGCAGUGCUUUUCCCACCUCUUCCACCUCAGCUUCAGAACGGAUCGCCGGGAAUGACAGCGGCACGCCUGGAGAUGUUUGCGGUCGGAGGAAAGCCGAGGUGCUGGCUGCGGAAAACAAGCUUUCCGGCAGGGUUUGUGGAGAUAAAGGUGGCCAGCAGACCCAGAUGACACCCUCCAAACGGCCUGUCCUCAACAUCUCGCCUCCACCCGAGGACCUGUUCGACGACAGCAACAUGUCCUGCCAGGAUGAGCUGCUUCUCGACUCAGAGCAGAGUAACAGCAUCUGGAUGGAAAACUCAGUGUCUAACUUCAGCAUUGUGAGCUCCAGCUCUUAUAAUGACAACACUGAAGUGCCCCGCAAGGCCCGUAAGUGUACCCCCCGACAGAAGCCGGGGUCAAAGCCGGUCGCCGCUGAAGAGGCCAGCAUGGAUGUCUUUGACGCAGACAGUGCCAAAGGUCCACACUUUGUGCUCUCACAACUUGGCCCAGACAGCAAGACCUGUUCCAAAGCCAGCUCUGAUGGACCUCAAGCAUCUGGUCUCAAAGGCGGGAUACUGUCUUGUCAGUAUCCUCAGAAAAGUGAAGGGAAAGAACUGAAGAUUGUGGUGCAGCCCGAGACUCAGCAUAGAGCGCGUUACCUGACCGAAGGCAGCCGUGGGUCUGUGAAAGACCGAACACAGCAGGGUUUCCCUACUAUCAAGCUUGAGGGUGUGAAGGAGUCAGUGGUCCUGCAGAUUUUUGUGGCCAAUGAUGCUGGACGUGUGAAACCCCACGGGUUCUACCAGGCUUGCAGAGUUACAGGCCGGAACACAACUGCCUGUAAGGAAGUGGACAUUCAAGGCACAACUGUCAUCGAAGUGCCUCUGGAUCUCAGCAGCAAUAUGACUCUGGCUGUAGAUUGUGUGGGGAUCCUGAAGCUCAGGAAUGCCGAUGUGGAGGCCCGUAUUGGGGUGGCUGGAUCUAAGAAGAAGAGUACCCGUGCCAGACUGGUGUUUCGAGUCAACAUCCCACGCCCCGAUGGCUCUGUGCUCACGUUACAGACCUCGUCGUCUCCCAUACUGUGCACCCAGCCUGCAGGAGUACCUGAGAUUCUCAAGAAGAGUUUACACAGUUGCUCUGUUAAAGGGGGGAAUGAAGUCUUUAUUAUCGGAAAAAACUUUCUCAAAGGAACCAAGGUCAUAUUUCAGGGGAAUGCUUCAGCAGAUGAUAAGUCCUGGAAGGCAGAGGCUGACAUUGACAUGGAGUUUUUCCAUCAGAAUCACAUUAUUGUCAAAGUUCCUCCAUAUCAGAAUCCAGCUAUCACAUCUCCUGUAUCUGUUGGUAUCUAUGUUGUUACAAAUGCCGGACGAUCCCAUGAUGUUCAACCAUUUACGUACACUCCAGAGCCAGCGGUUGAUUCCUCUGUAAAAAAGGAAGUCUUGCCUCCAGUGACACCUUGUUGUUUCGAACAAAUAAAAGUAAUCGAUACUGCCUUGAUGACGCCAGUUUUGCCUCUUGUUAAACGAGAAGAGGCCACACCAAUGGAGGUCUCUAGUAAUCCCUCGGCCUUCAAGACCUCUGAAGUCAUCAAUUCAGCUCAGCAAGCCUUAGACAGGAGUACUGAGAUCUCCACCAAUAACUGCAAAUUUUCCAGUCCGCUGGCACACCAAACAAGAGAACAGGAUCAAUCUCCGAAUUCUGUCUUUUCUAACAAGGAACCAUUCAGCACCAUCCAGGAACAUAAUCUUGCAUCCAGCGGCUCUUUCCACGUGCCUAAUAAAUCUCUUCUCCAUCAAGGAGUUCAGCCAUUCCUCUUGGAACACAGAGACAGUCUUGGACAGGAGAGAUCAGGCAACAGUGGCGGAUCAGUGGUGGGUCUGUCCCAGAUGGACGACAACCCGCAGCAACAGCUCUCUCUUCUACCUCCAGAUGAGGUGGCUCAACUAGAGCAGGCUGUGCGGCAGCUGCAAGCAAAGGGAUUCUGCAACAUCCAACUCCAGAAUGAGAAUUCAAUGUCAAAGCAACGACAACAUCAACUUCAACAGCAGCAGCAACAAAUCCAACAACAGCAGCAGCAAAUCCAACAACAACAGCAGCAAAUUCAGCAACAGCAGCACCACAUCCAGCAACAAGAGCAGCAAAUCCAGCUGCAGCAGCAGCAGCAAACUCUGGAGAACCUGCAACAUCAGCUUUUUCAGCCCCAAGUUCAGAUUCAUUGUAGUUCGGAGCAACAGAGCUCUUCCCAGGGAAUCGCGCAGAAUGGAAAUUCCCUCUUCCAGCAAACCCCAUCACAACAGCAGCAGCAGCAGCAAGCAACCUUGUUUCAACAAGCAACUGGCUUUCUUCAGCAGCAACCCAGUCAUUCCUCACCUUCCCUGUUUCACAAUCCGACAGCCAUGACUGAAGCCCAAAGCCCACAGGAGGCUCUUUUCCACACACAGAAGACCUCACCCAACCAGGAUCAGGUCCAAGCUUCCCUUUUCCAAAGCAAUCUCAAUGUUCUCAGUGGGUCUACCAUGUCUGUAGAAGCGCAGUCCUCUGCAACCAGUAUGUUUCUUUCCCAGAAUGCUGUACCAGGUCAACUUACCGUUAAUGCCAGCCAGCCACGGCAACUGGCUUUCCUCACUUCAAUGCAGGGAACUCUCGAGGCCCCAUCUGUAUUUCAGACUCCAACCCAACUGUCCCCCAUUCAGCAAGGCACUCCGAUGGAGCAGCAGCAGUCACCACAGCAUGCUCAACCUGGCUCCAUGUUCCAGAGUAUCUCCCAAUCACCAAGCAAACUCUCUCCUGGUCAGCAACAGCAGGCUGGUCUACUUCUUGGGUCCUUAAAUUCUCCAGUAACACAAGAGCAAACUUCAAAUAUGUUAUUCGGUGGACAAGUUCAGGUUGGAUCGAUGAACAACAGCAGCCUAGCUUCUCCAGAACAACAGAACACUUCCCUUCCCUUCUCUCAGGCCGGCAUGGUCACAGUCAGGCAGCAGGAGUCAUCUAAACCCAUGACAUUUCAGGAUCAGACUACUAUGGUGGUCAACCCGUCCUCGAAUAAGCCAAUUUUCCAAGACCAGCAACCAAUGCAGUUGGCACCAAGUUCUGGUACAGGCCCUUCACAGUCUGUAAACCUCUUCAUGGCCCAGUCCAACAUGCAAGGGGGGAUGGCUUCUCAAGAAACCCUUUUUGCACCACAGAGUGAUGUAACCGGAAUCCAAACCAGCACUUCCUCUCCAGUACAACAGCCUGGUCAACUCUUUCAGACUACAAUGGGUGGAAACCUCAACCAGCCCAACCGGAAUCAGCAGCCCGACCUCUUCCUUUUUGAGAUCCAGAACGAGUGCCGUCAGCUAAUGAACAGCCCGGGAUCUACACUAUCUGAUCAGAUCAUUGCCAUCAGUCAGUCUGGACAGAGACAGCAAGAGAGUGAGGGGCAAAUCCAGUCUUUACUUGGGCAGUCCAUGCCAGACCCUGGAAAUGUGCCGAGCACCUUGACAACCUCUCAGAACAUGGAGAAGAUUGACGAUCUUCUGGUGAGCCUUCAGGAGCAAGGCAAUAACAUUUCCCACUCCUACUAGGUUCUUCAAGGAUACGCUGCCCAAUAUCUCAAUUCCAUAUAUGAUUGUUGAUAUUUCUUGCACACAUAUUGGAUAUUUUGGUAUCCUUUAUUUUGGAUUUUGCAAAAAUAGUGGAUUGGAGACACUUUGGUCAUAUCCCUCAUAGCAAGAGUAGGCCAUUAACUUUUAUUUCAUUCUACACAUUGACAUUGAGACAGUAGAGUCGCCUGUUGAAUGAUUUGGCAAAAUCUCUUGAAUAAUCAUAACUAUGGCAGAACCCUCUGGAGAACCUCAAGGCAUCCUUAAAGAGGGGCAGUUUUCCAUGGAUCUUACAAAAUGCAACCCAUAUGUUAUAAAGACUGUCAUUGGUUCUGCAGCAACUUUUAGGCACCUGGAAACCUAGAGACUAUCAAAAGGGUUUCGUUGGUGUGGCGGUCUAAGGAACUUAAAGGGUGCCUUGAGUAGCUCUUUAUUUUUACAGUGACGGAGAGAUAUUUUGGGAAGAUCAGGACUCAUGAGAUGUCUGUUUUUAGCUGUAAACUAAACAAAUAAUCAAGAAUGCCUGAUAGAAACAGUCUGCAGUGACAAUUUUUUGUAAACAGUCAUUAAUACCUUUUUCUCUGACACACUUGAGUAUAAGCUAUUUUUCUUUUGGAAAAAUCUUUUUAGUCAAAUGGGAAUAUGUACAUUCACUUAGAAUAUAAGUGAGAAAACAAAUGUGUUUUGGCAUUUUCCUUCUAGCACUUUAUGUAUGUUUUCAGUGUGGUUAGUUAUUCCUGACUCAUUGACAUUUCAUCAAGCUUUCAUCAAAUCUCAAACCAACCAUGUUUACUGAAUACAUAAUUCUACUGUCUUUCAUCUCUGUGUUUUUUAAGACUAAUCCGUAUAGUAGCAUUUAGAAAUGCACAUUCCUGGUUUAAAAUCAAACAAGUAGUUAUCAGUAAUCUAAAAAAACAAAGCCUCUGAUAUUUAUUUUUGAUUUUGGUUUACACAAGUCAUUUCUUGCCAUCAUAGUUUGACUGGUAUCUAUGUUUUGCAUGUCUAAGUUAUCCUAUAUAUAUAUAUAUAUAUAUAUAUAUGUGUGUGUGUAUGUGUGACAUAUUUUCUGAUUAUACCUCUAAAAGUUUGUCAUUAUUAAAUUUAUUCUUAUAAUAAUUCUGAAAUAUUGACAGUUGAUGCUCAAAUCAUUUUGUGUCAUUGUGGUAGGUUAUUUUAUUUAGUUUACCAGUGUCUGGUACGCUGGAACAGGGCUGAUUGCAUUUUUUGGGGGGCAAAUUAGAAGGCAAUGUCCAACCGGUAUUAUCGACAUGUUCUCUGAAUAUACAGUAAAUACAAACGCUAUAAAUGCUGGGGAAGCAACCUUUUAUCUUUGGUAACAGAAAUCGUUUUUGUCAAUCACCUAAAAUAUUAAAGCCGUCGGCAUGUCAAAACCAAUAUUUUAUCUACUUUUAUCGAAAAUUGGUCAGUUUUGUGGCUCAGUUGGUUGUUCAUGUAUUCAGUUUUGAAGUGAGUUUGAUUUGAAUGUAGAGAACCUUGUGAGCUAUAUAUUUCUGGUAAUAUCAAGCUCAUGCAUGUGUUCUAGUGUUAGACAUAACGUAAAGCUGCCAAACUAGUUUGUGUGCUUAAUAUUAGGCUGAUGUGACAUUAGUUGGCAGAUUGUUUUGUUGUUAGCAUGAGGGUGAAAUAUAUACAUUAUGAGGGAGCUGUUCUCUGUAAUGUUACAGAAAUGGCUCAUUUGAGCCUGCUAUGUUUGGUAUUAAUUGUCAAUUUUUUUUGACUAUUCUCUUUUCUCAGAAAUUUGGGUGAUUUUUAUGCCUACUUUUUAGUAGAGACUUUUUUUCCUUUUUUUUGGGGGAGAAGUUUUGCUUGAGAGGUGCUUUUUUUUAUAUCUCUGCAUGGGAAAGAACUGUGAACGGGAACUGGAAAAAAGUCUUCAUCUCUAUACAAUACUAAUUGUAAUAUUUUUCCAUAAUCAAUAUUUAUGUGAAUAUAUACUUUUUCACCCUACCUCUUUUUAGAAAGUAUUUAUUUUUGUGUCUCAAGAAUUUUGACAAUUAGAAUGUCUAUUAGAUUUCAAUUGGAAUGCAUAAUUAUAACA